CUAACAAGCAGGAAAUCUAUUUUUAGCAGAAAGUGUCUGAAUCUUCAUAUUGUUUGAGUGUAAAAAUAAAUCUUUUUUCAUGCCACGUGACCGCGUAAAUUGGCUGUUUCAAAUAAUAUGAAAACAACAACGCAAGAAUUUUUUUUUUAGAACAUUCUUUUUAUACAAGUGUACGUAAUUUAAAUUAAAAACAAUUUUUUAUUCUUUUAUCAUAAUUAUUGUAUUGUCGUGGAAGUGAAUUUAACACUUACACAUUUUAGUUAUUUUAGAUUCUGAGCGGAGCGAUGAAUGUAUUAAUUUUACAAUUAUGUGUUUUUUUUUAUUUUUAUUUAUUUUUUCUUUUUGUCCGUCAUCACAUUAGGACAGUAAAAAUGCUUGGAUUGUCUUCAAAAGUAUCUUUACUGAUAGGUAAGUGAAUCUAGUUAGUAUUUUGGGGGGUCAAAUAUAAAAGUAUUUCCCAGUAAUUUUCAAAAGCGCAUUGAAAAACAAAAGAAAAACGGGAAUUUUUACGCAAAAUCUGUUUUUGAGAAAAUCGAUUUUGGUUUUUGUUGUUACUCUAAAACAAAUUAUCGUAGGUAUAUGCAAUUUUGACUUAAUUUUUAUAUUAGCAUUUUUUAUACACCAUCAUGGGCGCCAGGUUUUCUAAUUUCCACGGGGUGCCCAAAAUCCUAAAAUGAUUUAAAUUUUAAGCAAAAUAAAAAAAAGGUGGGUAAGUGGAUGUCGCUCUGCUGUACAGUAGAUUACGAGUGGGUACAGUGAUAUUUUUAAAAUUUAAUUAACCAGUCAACCAGACUUAAUAAAUUAUUUUUAAAUUAAUUAUAAAUUUGUAUAGGUUAUGAUACAAAAAAAUGUGGGUAAGUGGAUGUCGCUCUGCUGUACAGUAGGUUACAAGUGGGUCCCUGUAAUGGAUAGUGUUAAAUUUGAAUUUAAUGAUAAAAUAUCAUUAUAUAAGAAAAACGAUUCUGAGCGAAAACGGUCAGUCAGUCUAUGAUAUUAGUAAGUAUAUUUGAUGAUAUUAUUGUGAAUAAAGUAAUUUAAGUAUAACCUAUAUUUACGUGGAACCUUGAGAAAUCGAGUUAAUAUCCAAUCUUGUAAAAAUAUGAACUUCAAACGCUCCUAAAAAUUUAAUUUGAUUUGCUUGUAGACAUUUUUUUUUUUAUAAAGGUAGAAGAAUUUAUGAGGAAUUGUGUAUUACAUUUUCAAAUCUUAGAUUUCAAAAGAAAAUUUUUUAUGAAUUCUCAACUUAAAAUAAUUUGCUAACUUUCGUGAUUUUUCCGUAUUUUGUCAAGAUUCGAACUUUAAAUGCUUAUAAAGAAUAACUAAGGAUUUAAAUAUUUUUCAAAUGUCAUUGUAACAAUAUAGUAGGAGCCUUGUAUUACAUUUUCAAGAUUGUUUACCCAACAAAUAAAGUUUUAUUGACAUUCAUAGAAAAUAAAGCUAAACAAAUUGGAAACUGAAAAUGUCCUUUAACAGCGCAAAAUAAGUAAAAAUAUUUUGGAAAUGUUAUGGUGUAUAGAAAAUGCUAAUAUAAACAUUCAGUCAAAAUUGCAUGUAUCUUAGCUCAUUUGUUUUAAAGUUACACCAAGAUUUUUUACUAAAUCGAUUUUGUGUAAAAAUUCCCGUUUUCAUUAAUUUUUUUUUUUGUUUUUAACUUCACUAAAUUUUUACUUUUGACCCCACAAAGUAUCAACUAGAUUCAAUUUUCUAUCCGAAAAUAUACUGUUGAAGAAAAUCCAAGCACUUUUACUGUCCUAAAAGGUGAUGACAAACACAAAAAUAAAAAAAAACACACAUCAUUGUAAAAUCAACACAUUCAUCGGUCUGCUCAGAAUCUAAAAGAAUUACCUUCUCUGCUGUGUAAUAUAGGCUACAAUUGGAUCACAUAGUAUAUCAUUGUAAACGAAAUACCGUUCUCAGCAAAGAUAGUUUGUCAGUCUAGGAUAUUUCAUAUUUUAUUUAUAUUGUUAUUAAUUAUUUUAAAAUCUUUAUUCUUGGUUGUUUACUAUGUAAUUUCGUCCAAAUUUGAACAUAAAAUAUCUAUAAAAAAAAGUUAAUGUAUAUUUUUAGAUUUUUUGGUUAUAAAAUUAACAAUUUACGUGUAACUUUGUUUAACAUUUUCAAUAGUAGCUAUAAAUGUUGAAAAUUUUAUACAUUUUUAACUACAAUAUAAUUUUUAAAUUUAAAUUAAGAUAAAUUUUAUAAAAAUUCUAACUUUCGUGCUUAUAAAAAAAAUUGUGCUAAGGUAUUUUUAAUAUUUUUCAACUGCUGUUGUAACAAUACAUGCAGCAUGAGCCUUAUAUUAAAGUUUCACGCUUUUUGACACAACAAAUUUUUAUUGACAUUUUUAAAAAAAACUAAAGGAAUUGAAUAAAAUAAAAUACAAUUUUAUUUGUUGGUUAAAAAAGCUUGAAAAUUUUAUAGAAGGCCCCAAGUAUAUUGUUUCAAAGGCAGAUGAAAAAAAUAAAAAAUCCAUAGUCACAAUUUUUUUUUAUAAGCAUUAAAGUUAAAGAAUUGACAAAAUACGUAAAAUUCACGGAAAUGUGCAAAUUAUUUUGAGUUAUAAAUUCAUAAAAAAAUUUCUAUUUAAAUCUAUGAUUAGAAAAUGUAAUACAAGAUUUCUCAUACGAUUGUCUAUCUUUAUCAACAAAAAAAAUGUCUACAAGCAAAUCAAAUUAAAUUUUUAUGAGCGUUUGAAGUUCAUAUUUUACAAGAUUGGAUAUUCGCACUCGAUUUCUCAUACAGCGAUUUUGUUAUUUUGUUGUAAUUCAAGAACGAAUAUCUGUAGAUGCAUAAACAUUUAUAUUUUCAUUUCAUAUAUACACCAUAAAAUGUUGAAAAUAUUUUGACUCUUUUUGAGCUGUUUACAGAGUACAAACAUUGUCAGUUUUCAAUUUUUUUAGUUUUUUUGUUCUAUAAUUGUCAAUAAAAUGUUAUUUUUAGGGUAAAAAUGCGUGAAAAUUGAAUUCAAGGCUCCUGAUAUAUUGUUAUAAUAGCAGUCGAAAAAUAUUAAAAUACAUAUUCACAAUUGUUUUUUAUAAGUAUUUAAAGUUCAAAUUUUGAUAAAAUUUAAUUAUUAUUUUAUAGUUAAAAAUGUAUAAAAUGUUCAAUUUGUAUAUCUAAGGAUUGAAAAUUUAAAACAAGGCUCAACGUAAAUAGGUUAUAUAUAAAUUACUUUAUUCACAAUAAUAUCAUCAAGUAGAUACAAUAUACUUAGUAAUAUCAUAGGCUGAUUGACAGUCUUCGGUCAGAAUCGUUUUUCUUAUACAAUGAUAUUACAUCAUUGAAUUCAAAUUUAACACCAUCCAUUACAGUGACCCAAUUGUAACCUACUGUACAGCAGAGCGACACCCACUUGCCCACCUUUUUUGAUUUUAUGUGUAUAGUGCAAUUGUGUUAAAUUUUAGAUUCUGAACGGAGCGAUAAAUGCUUAAAUGUACUAAUAUUAUUUUUAUUUUUUGUGUACACGAUAUGUACCUAGUCGAAAUAAUGCUUCGAUUUACAACUUCUUUCUAGCGUAACCGUGGUUUAAACUAUGAUUGUAAAACGGGCCCUUAGUCGAUGGGAAAGUGAAUCUAUUUGGUGCAUUCAGAAAGUCAACAUUUAAAAUGCUGAUGAGUAGUUUUUAAAAGCGUUGAUUUUUUAUCAUUGAAUUAAAAUUUAACACCAUCCAUUACGUAAUUUCCUAGCUAGUGCGGGUGGGGACGGCUGGGUCCUAGCCCCACAUCCACGUGGGGCUGACUGGAAACGGAAUUCUGGUUCCGGCCAACGGGGGAGGCACAGAAGGCAAAGUGUAUAAAACCGUACACCGGCGGGUCAACACCAGUGACCAGAGAGGGCCAAAAUCGCCCUCCAACCACCGACAACAGACCGAAGGCUCGAUGCGAAGACAUCCGGAAACCGGGACCCAACGGCGUGACCCACCCAGCGCCUCAGUACGAUCAUCCGAAACUGCCCCACAGUGGCAGGCGUGCCCCGGGGCAUUAGUAGGACAGUAGGAUACCCACAGUACGGUUGGUCACCGUCCGGGUGAUCGUGAUUGAUCCGAAAGGGCGCUCGGGCACACAAUGCACCUACCGUUCACCAGCAAAAAAGAACAGACGGAGGAAACCAUCAAACAGAAGGAAAACUGUAUAAAACCAAAACACCGGCAGUCGAACAACAGACCAGAGUGGGCAAACAUUGCUUCACCCAGUCCACCCGUCAGAACACAAGCCGAUACGGAACUCCGGGAGACGAGCAACAAGUGGCUCCACACCGGCUACUCAUCCGCACCACCAAUCACCUCAUCCGAAACUGUUCCACAGCGGCAGAUAAGUCCGAACACUGCCCAGGACAUUAGUAGGACACCCACUGCACGGUCGGUCACCGUCCGGGUGAUCGCGAUUGAGCGUGAGGGGCCUGCCAGGGGGUGCCGCAGACCGCAAGGCUCCCGGAACUACGAGCACAACAAUAACGGGCAGAAGGAGAAGAUGCGUUAUACGAGAAUAGAGGCCAUCAAGCUAUCGAGCCGGGUCGAGAAAACGACAAAACGAGAAGUCAGACUGGCGGGCAGCGAAGAGAAUUCUACAAACGCAAAAAGCAGGCCUUCAGCCAACGUGUACCGGGGAGAGAACCUCGAUUUGCAUUACAGCUCCCAUCGUUUAUUGACAAGCACAACAAGUUAUCAAUUACAACAAUAGUGCAAGUUAUCAAUUACAACGAUAGUAAGUAGUAACUUAUAUCUACAAGAUUCGAAUUGCGAGCGCAGUUGAUCCGGAAUUCCGGACUUCUUGACCCGGCUGGCUAGUCUCGAGUUCUCGUGCUGUCCUGGUGUCCGAGUCCAGUGGUCGAGCUCAUCUUCCGGCCAACUGCCUUGCUCUUCCUUCUGUCUCCUACAAAGAAAGGAUAUCCUCUACCAUUUUGUAGAAUAGUCGGAAGGCUUCGUCGGCAUUGGCCAGCAAAAUGCCUUUUUCUUCUGGGUUCGGAAGGAGGAUGUCGAAGCCGGGCCCACACAGAAGCACCGGAAGGUCCGCUGUAGUCGGGCGGUUAGUUCUUCCCGGUGGCCGAUACAGUACGGACACGCAACUAGUGUGUGCUCUGCGGAGUCUGAGUCAGGGGCGUCAUUUCAACUUUUUUUUUGUUGGUGCGAAAAUGUUUGCAGGCCAUUCAAAUUGUUACCAGGCCACAUAGAAAACUUUUUUUUCUUUAGUGGGGGGGGGGAAGGUCUAGUAGGGACAAAAACUGUAGAAUAUUUGUAAAAUGUAUUUAAUACGUCACUUAUAUUAGUAUGAAAACUUCACAAUAUUAUUACUAUUUUUGAAGAACUGUGUGUAGGUACUUUUAAUAAGUUUAUAUUAUAUUGUGGAUGCCAGUUGUAUUUGGUAAGCAAAUUUAUGGAUAUAAAGCACCUUAAUAGUACUUAAUCGAACCUAACCUAUACAUUUUUUCUCACAUCGAUCAUUUUUGGAAAUAAAACCCAUUAGUACCUAGAAUAUUUAUUAUUUUUUUUUAAAUACUGAAAAAAUAUAAAAUAUAUAUAAUAUAUUAAUAUAUAACACUUAGGUAUAUCGGCGCUUAUAUUUAUUGUUGGCAGGCCAAAGAAGGCGUUUAUAAAAAAUGUUGGUGCAAAUGUACACCCUGCACCCCCCCAAAUGACGCCCCUGGUCUGAGUACCCCUGACAGUGUUGGCAUGCCGCGCUAGGAGCUCUUGCCAUUCAGAAUAGGUAUUGCUGGAAACAACUGUGGAUCAUGUGAAAAGACAAAGACACCCUAAUCACGGUUCUGACAGCAAGGACACCUAGUUUUAGCGUUAAUAUUAUAUUAUAAUAUUUACUCUGAAAGAGGUACACUUAAUUACAGAUAUGUACCCAUCAUUAAAUAUAGGUUCUUACUGUGUUAAAAUUUUUAUAAAGUACUUAAUUGAUAAAAAUAAAAUAAAAAGUGUUAACAUUGGUAUGAACCGAAACCAGAACUGAAUCCGAAACUUUCGGUUUUGAAGAACCAAAACUUAACUCAAACCAAUAAAAUCAUGAAGGUUCCAGUCCCUGAAUUUGAAUAUAUAUUUACAUAUUUUUUGAACACACUGCAGCAUGGUUAUAGACAUUUUACUUUAUCUUGAAAAUUAUGAAGGUAUUAAUGUAUUAUAUUUUAUUGUCAACUUUAUCUGGAAAAUUACCUUCCUAUAUUGUUAUAUUAUUAAUUCUUUGUCAGUCCUUUAUGUUAUUUAUCUUCUAUAUUAAUAUUAAUAUUUUAAACUAAUUAUGAACUCCAUAAUCCCACCACAAGUUUUUACUUUAAGGGAUUAGGGAUAAUCGAAAUGUAAUUAAACAUUAAGAACUAGUUUUUUAAGUAAGAUAGUAAAGAAGCAUUGUUAUUCAAUAUGUUAUAUUGUUUUGUAAACAUGACAUAUGUGUUAUUAUUAUUCUGAUUCAAAUACAUAAAUAAAUAUGAUGUAAAAAUACAAAAAUAUAAUUAAAUUAAACUUGUUUAAAUCACGACAAUACAUAAUGUUAAAAUAAAUAAUAAAUAAUAUCAAUAAUUAGAGCGUAAUCAUUGAUUAUUUAGUGUUGGUUUGUAAGGGGCUUUUCCCCCUAGAUUUGUAGUAGACUAAUAAUUUAAAAUACCUAAAUAGAUU